AUGAGUGACGAGGAAAUCGAAAUAAUAAGGUCAGAAGAAGAAUUUUAGAGGCAAAACAAAUUGAUCUUAAGUCUCCAAACCGAAUCUGCCAGAUUGUAUUAGGUUGAAAAACAGCUGCGUAAAGAAAUAUAAUAAUUGCACCAGAAAUUAAAAAAUAUUGAGAUGGACAACGCAACAUCGUCUUAUGAGAACAAGAAUUGGAGGGCUCAGUUGGAGAGUAAUUUAAAAAAAUCCGAAGCACAAAAUAUUUAAUAUGAACUCGAUUUAAAGAGCAUAAACAAAAAGUAAGAGAAAGACAGACUGGAGAUUUUAAAUUUAAAACAGCAAUUGCAAGAAUCCCAAAACACCAUUGAGAAGGACUAACAAAUAGAAAAUCUCUAAAAAGAGUUAUUUGGUUUAAAUGAAAAAAUAAAUGAGUUAAAUUAGGACCAUAAAUAACAUACUGAUGGAUUAGAUAAGCAAUUGGAAGCUACUAAAUUAUAAUUGAAAUAGGAAUAACAAAAUUCAGUAUCUUUGUCGGAUAAAGUCAGAGAAUUGUAAGAUGACAUAGCAAAAUUAAAAGAAAUAAAUUCAUAAAUGGUCACAUAAAUAGAAUCUUUAAAUUCAGAAAAGAUAUAAAUGAUCAAUCAGAACGAUGAAAUGCAUACAAAAUUAAAUUAAGCGUUAAUUGAGAAUCAAAAUCUUUAGAAUUAAUUUGGUUUUUCAUAAUCUCAACAUUAAGAGACCCAAUAUCUUUUACAAAAGAUGGCGGCUGAAUCUUAGUAAUAGUAUGAGGAGAAGAGACAAGCCUUUUAAAGAUAGUACGAAUAACUUAAUAAAUAAAAUUAAGAAAUGUCUAUUUAAUUAGAAGAAAUCAAAUAAGAGAGGGCUCAAUUAUUAAAGUUAGUUAAUGAAUUAAAUGGUCUUAAUAGUUCUCUGGCAUAAAAAGAAGCCCUCAUCAAAGAUAUGAUUGAUAAAUUACAAAUAUCUGAAUCUGAAAGAAUCAAAGUGGAAAAAGAAUUGCAAGAUGUAAUACAAAAUCAUUAAGUUAUAAAUUCUAAGAAGGAUACUGAGAUAUUAAGACUAAAAACUAAAAUUUAAGAAUUGGAUGCUAGUAGAGAAAAGUACUAAAAAAUUAAGAUCAAAUUGGAUGAAACAAUUCAGAAUUUAUUUUUAUAAUUGGAUAAUUCGCAAAUCGAUAUCAAAAAUCUUAAGGAUUAGGUUAAUAGAUUACAAGAUGAACUGUCAUAGUAAUAAAUUGAGAAGGAGGGUUACCUCAAUUAAAUAGAAGAUCUUAAAUAACAAUAUGAAAGCAUUCAACAAGUUAAUAUUGAUUAAUAAAAAAUAUUUUAACAGGGUUAUAAUUAAAAUUAACAAAUCAAUUAGAAAAACAAAAAGAAUGUUAAUAAAUAUAAACAGUUAUAAGAAUUAGAUUUUGAAAUGUAAUUCUAUUUUUUAUUUUUAGAGGGCCUACCAGAGACUUUAGGUUUUAUAAUCUAAUUAAUUGAAUCCAAAAUACAAGAAUUUUAGAAGCAAGAUGAACAGAACCAAGAUGCUCAGUAACAAGAUUUUAAAAAAAUUACCUAAGAUUUCAUUAGAGAACAUAUAGGUUACUUUUUCAUAAGAAUGAAUCAAGUUUUAGAAAAAGUGUAAAUUAAAUUCGUUCAUACUGUUCAAUGA